AUGUCCCCCAAUGUGGAAAGGCAGGGCACACCUGACGUGUGGGUGCCGCUCAGCAACCCCCGCGUCGGCCGCCGACCCCCAGCUCCCCGGCGGGGCCUCCUCCUGCCACGUGACGCCCCCGCCAGGGGCCCCAGCGCCCUCCUCGCGGCCGCGCCGUUCCGGCUCCCGAGCCCCGCCUGCGCGCGGCCUCCUCGGCGCAGCCAUCCUCUUGGCUGCCGCGGGCGGCAAAGCCCACGGCAUCUGCCAUUUGUCAUUCAGCCCGUCGGUACCGCCCCGAGCCUUGAUUUAGACACGGCUGGGGCGUGCUCUGGCCUCACUCUCCGGGCGGGUGCUGGACGGACGGACUGGGCAGCCGUGCUCACAGCCCAGCAGCGCAGGGCCUUGGCGCGCGGGGCGCUUCCCCGGGUCGCCGUCAUGGCCGCGGAGGUGGCACGCCCGAGCGGCCUCGCCUGAGCUCCGGGGGUCGUCGCCCCGCAGGGUAGGUGUCUGGGUGCUCGUGGCUGCGGCGGGCGGGCUGGGGGCAGCGGUGGCCGUGCAUUGCCGCACUGCGAGGACGGCGCUGGGUUCGCGGCCGCGAGGAGGGUGUGCCUUUGCCGCGCCGCCUACGUGCGGGUCCGGGCUCCGCGGGGCUGGGUGCGGGACCCCGCAGAUCGUCACGCGCAAUCCAGGCAGCCCCACCGCGAGUGCCGCCGGACCCCCUGGACGCCGCUGCCAGAGGCGUUCGCGCCUAUCUGGUAUGCGGUCCACAGACCCGAUUCUUACAACCUGGCGCUCUAACCUCGCCAACGGGCCAGGAAAAAAAACAGAACAAGGAAAAGAAGAAAAAGUCUGUUCAAAGUAAUAAUGGGACUAGACAGUAACUGUUUGCACUUUCGUCUCUUAUGGAAAAUAUGAUUAUUUUGAUGCUUUAGUAUUACAGACUGUAUCAGACAUACUCUUAAAAGUAUUUAAAAACGUGGGGUCCUAAAAAUUUCCUAGAUCGGGACAGCUGAUAAUGCAACUUCUGUUAGUCUCCGCAUCCAACUUUCAGGGCGGAGUGGGGAUUUCUACCUUUAACUGGAUAUACUCCUGUAAUUUUGAAUAUUUUUUCUCAUCAAAUGUGUUACUUUCGUGUUUUAGGAAACCAAUAAAAAUCAAAAAUAGAAACACCCAGCUUAGGUCCUCCUUCUUCCAGGAAUCCUCCUCUAACCCCUCCCUCCCAGGCAGGAUCGGAGGCCCCUCCCGGCUGCUUUCUGGGGCCUCACUGAGGUCCUGGUCCCCUAAGUCCUCCCCCGCAGCCCCUCCGCGUAUUAACCCACCGAUCUCGCUGGGCCCAGAGAUUGCUUACUUAGCACAUGGUAAGUGAUUAAUACUGUUUAAUGACCAAGGGAAAAGAUAAAAUGUUCUCUGAUGUUUCACGCUUUUUGCUCUGAAGUUAAAUAGUGGUAAAUUUAUAUGCGCUUAGAUAAGAACAUUUAACAGUUAAGGAUCUGGAAAAGUUGACGACGUCCGAUGUCCGUGUUUCCUGAUCCAGCAGUUGCACGCCUGGGUAUUCAUCCUUAAGAACAAUGUUUUUCAGAAUUUGAAGUCCAUUUUAGUGGGUCGUAAAGUCACUUAAGUGGAUGAUCAGAAUUUGUAAAACAUAGACGGAGAAUAGAACAUCAGUGUCUCUCAGGUCAUAGGGGUGUUCGCUUUAUGAAUCUCUCUCCCUCUCCUCAGUUUCAUACAUACACAAAUGUGUGUCAUGAUGUAAAACGUCAUUCUUUAGUAUGAGUCAUGGACAAAAAAGUUUGAAAGCCACUGCCCUAGAUAAAUUUUAAUACAUGUCCACAAGCAGACGUGUACAAGAAGGUUGACUAAUAGCAGAAAACUGGAUGCCGCCUUCAUGCCCACCUGAAGGAGAAAGAUAAAUUAUACACCAGUCAGAAAAAGGGCACACUGUACAGUGGCCAAUGAAGUAUUUUUGUGUUUCAACACAAAUGCCUUUCAGUGUUCAACCAAAAAAAAAAAGUUGCCGGAGAAUGCUGUGUGAUAUCAUCUAUGUAAAAUUCAGAACUUGAUGGAGCAAAGCUGUUGUUUAGGGAUGCAUAUAUAGGCAUUAAAAGUAGUAAAGAAAAAAAA